UACCCCGGCUCCGGCAGCGGCCCGUGGCGGCGGUGAGAUGGGGGGCAGCCUGGGCUGCCACCGCUCCAUCCCCCGCGACCCGGCCGACCUGUGCCACAGCCGCAAGUUCAGCGCGGCGUGCAACUUCAGCAACAUCCUCGUCAACCAGGAGAGGCUCAACAUCAACACGGCCACGGAGGAGGAGCUGAUGACCCUGCCCGGGGUCACCCGAGUGGUGGCCCAGAACAUCGUGGAGUACCGCGAGUACAUCGGCGGCUUCAAGAAAGUGGAGGACCUGGCGCUGGUGAGCGGAGUGGGGGCGGCCAAGCUGGAGCAGGUGAAGUUCGAAAUCUGCGUGAGCAGCAAGGGCAGCUCGGCGCAGCACUCGCCCAGCUCCACGCGCAAGGACCCGGCCUCUGAGCACCACCUGUCCGCCACCAAGAUCAACAUCAAUACGGCCACCCCGGCACAGCUCAUGAGCAUCCGUGGCAUCACUGAGAAGAUUGCCAACAGCAUCGUGGACUACCGUAAAGAGCACGGGCCCUUCAAAAGUAUCGAGGACCUGGUGAGGAUGGACUGCAUCAAUUCCUCCUUUCUGGACAAAAUCAGGCACCAGAUUUUUGCAGAGCGCUCCAGGCCCCCUUCAACGAACACCAAUGGUGGCCUCAACUUCAUGGCCAAGCCUCACCCCAGCCCCACCUCUCUAAGCCUCCAGAGUGAGGACUUGGACUUUCCUCCCGGGGGUCCAACCCAGAUCAUAUCCACUCGGCCCUCUGUGGAGAUGUUUGGGGGGGUGAGAGAUGGCAGACCCGUCUUUAGGGUGGCUACGUGGAACCUGCAAAGCUGCUCCAUCGAGAAGGCCAACAACCCAGGCGUGCGGGAGGUCGUGUGCAUGACGCUGCUGGAGAACAGUAUCAAGCUUUUGGCUGUGCAGGAGCUGGCUGACAGAGAAGCAUUGGAAAAGUUUUGUAUGGAGCUGAACCAGCCGACGCUGCCAAACAUCCGCAAGUGGAAGGGCCCUAGAGGAUGUUGGAAGGGUGUUGUUUCCGAAAAACCCUCAGGCCAGCUACACAAGGGAGUUGAAUAUUCUGGCUUCCUCUGGGAUACAACAGCUGGCAUUGAGCUGAAAGAUGCCUCAUCUCAGGAGACUGCACAGACUAAUGGCAACGGGAGGCACUCAUAUCCUCAUCCGUAUCUUGCACAUUUCAAGGUUGGAAUAAAUGACCUGACCGUGGUUAACCUUCACCUGGCCUUGCCACCCUCCGCAGGAGAGAACACCGGGAAGAACCACGACAGCCACAAGCUGGCAGCCUGUGCGCAGAGUUUGCAGGAGACUCUGAAAGGAGAAAAAGAUGUAAUAAUCCUUGGAGAUUUUAACCAGGCCCCAGACAGCAGCGACCACGACAUCCUGAGGAAGGAGAAGUUUCACCACCUGGUCCCUUCCAGCACCUUCACCAACAUCAGCACAAAGAACCCACAAGGCUCCAAGUCGUUGGAUAACAUCUGGAUCAGCCGGAGCUUGAAAAAGGUUUUCACAGGCCACUGGGCUGUUGUGCGAGAAGGGCUCACAAACCCAUGGAUCCCCGACAACUGGUCCUGGGGUGGGGUGGCUUCAGAGCACUGCCCCGUGCUCGCUGAAUUUUACCUGGAGAAGGACUGGAACAGGAAGGAGGUGACGCGGAAUGGGAACGGGGUGACGGUUGAACGCAACGACUCCCACACUAAGCACGAACGAUGACGUGAGCUUGAGGGUGCUUCUUCUGCCACCCAGUGAAGGUUCUGGUCACUCACGACUCCGCGGCAGAGCAGGACUGCCUUCCCCUCCCUCCCCUUCCUGCUCUCCUCCCGGCACCUAGAAAGCAACAGCACUUGAUUUUGGUGGUCCUGGCUUUGUGCCCCUCCUGGACAGUUCUGGACGGAGUCUCAUGGCAGCAGAACAAUCUGCAACUUUUUCUGGGGACACAGUGGACAUUUCCGUGCCUGGAGAUUUGGACGAGAAUUGUACAGAAAAUAAAGUGUACUUUUAAUACUGGAAAA